GUGACUGGCGUACGAUUCUACGUACAACUUGAAGCUGUUACCAUUAUGAUUCAAACAGGAACUUUAGUUAAUGGUGUAGUUGAUCCUAAAACUGUAAAAUGGGACGACAAUUAUGGGAUACCCCCUGCUGAUAAAAUUUAUACUGUUGAUAUGACGAUGAAUAUGAGAUCAUUCAAUUUAGAUGAAAUUAUUUUACCUAAAGGAGAAUUUGUUACAGGAGUAAAGUUCGUGGUGGAAAAUAAUAGAAUUGCAUUGAGAGUAGCCGGAACGAAAAUGUAUGAUGAAGAUGGAUUUUUGAUUUCAAAUCCAAAACUCAAGUGGCGCUCUGCAUCAGAUUCGGAUAAUAGGUCGAAUCUACUGGGGUCAUAUAAUUCAACUGCAUCUCAUAAUAAUACAAAUGAUUAUAUCAAGUUUGGUGUUUCAAAUUGGGAGAAGGAUUUAGGCCAGACGACGCUUCCAUUCUUUGAUUCACGAGACGUAACUAGUAAUCCUCCAUCACCGCUUGGUGGUAUUGGAAUUUACUACAAAAAUCCCGAACCAGGAAUGAAAGAAUUUCUUUCGUUGAAAACGAUAUCAGCUGUACACAAUAGAUUGCUUACUGACCAACAAUUGAACGUCUUUAGAGACACAGAAUAUUCAAAUGAUUUUAUUUCCAGUAAUUAUUUGUAAAAUUUGUAGAAUAUUGUAUAUUCAAUAAAAAUUCAA